CAAUAUAUUUUAAAGGAUAUGUUUUAACGAUUAUUUUUUGAAUAAAUUUAYCAAAUCUGUAAAGUUACUGUUCAGCCAAAGAUAAUGUCGAUGUUAUCGGUUGUAACACUAGUUUGGUUGUUAUAUGCUUUGAUAAUAAGGACAGUUGUGUGCGAUGGCGAGUGGAACCCAAAAUGCAAUGACGAGACCAUCAAAAUUAAAGAGAAACUGAAAAAGUGUUCGACUGAAAGCUGGACAGUUAGCUCAAAGGACACCAAUUUGAUCGACUGUUGUUCRUCUAUGGAUAGCGUGUGUAUUGACAACAAAGUGAGUGCAGCCCUUUGUGAAGUACCAGAAGACUAUCAGUCAUUAAUUCGGGAUAACUAUCAACCAGUGGUUAGAUCCAAGUGCGUCAUGAAAAACAUUUUGCUCAAACAAUGCCAAGAGGUGGCCAUCAAAGUCAUCAAUGAUCCUAUAUGUCAACAAUGGUUGCCCUGCGAUAAUAGCAUUAUACCAAUCAAAGGACAAAUACCGCCUCCUAAAGAAAAUUCAUUAACAAAUCCAUCGGAUUCUAAAUCAAAUGUCCCAAAAACAGAAAUGAGAGCUAAUCCUGAUGGUGGUAAUGUCAAUGAUCUAUUGCCUUCAGCUCAAGUCUCGACACAAUCUGUUGAGUCAACGGCAUUGCCAUCAAAAUCAGAUUCCGUUGCGACUGAAGUCGUAAUGAAUGCAUCGGUCAAUACAUCGGUCACUACGACUACACCGUUGAUAAUAACAAAUUCAACAAAAAAUGGCAUUCAAUCAGCAGUUAACCAAAGAGACAACUUAUUCAUCAAAUUGAUUGCACUAUUUGUGUCUAUCAUUCAUUGUCUCAAAUUUUAUUUUUAUUAA